AUGUCCCCUCCAUUAGACCUCACCCCAGUUGACAAGCUCGAAUUUCUCAUCCUCGUCGACAAUUGUCAGUCCUUGUUCUCUACCCUUCCCCCAGAGUUCACCCAUGAGCUUCCCCAACACCUAGCCUCGCCGCGAAAUCCCAUCGACCCGCUCACCGGCUUGCCCAUGAUCGACCUUGACAACUACUGCUGUGGUGCGCAUGGCUUAUCAGUGCUUAUGAAGACGACAGUAGGUGAUGAGGAAAAUCAAGUCCUUCUAGACUCUGGCCCGGAACCGUCGUCAAUCGCACGCAACAUCUCGGCCAUGUCUGUCGACCUCACCUCCCUCGACGCACUCGUGCUAUCUCAUUGGCACAGAGACCAUUCUGGAGGCAUCACCCAAGUCCUCAACCUCCGGCAAGAUCAGCUCCAUACGCAAGGCCGGAACCCCGAGCACGACAAGCUCAAAGUCGACCUUCACCCUGACCGGCCGAUUAGACGAGGGAUAGCGAGGUUUCCGGCUACUGAACCGCACUGUGUCCUUCCUCCGGACCCAACCUUCCAAGAAGUUGAGGGUUCGGGUGGUAAAGUGGAUCCGCAUUCGGAUCCGCAUGAGGUCUUGGGCAGAGAUGGGCGGAAGACGGGUGUCGGAGUCAGCGGCGAGAUCAGGAGGAUUGUGGAUUUCGAGAAAGGGGUCAGGGGUGGAGUGAGAUGGGAAGAAGAUGGCGAUGGGAAGGGAGAAUGGUUUAGUGAUACGAUGAUUAUGGACGAGAGAUACAUUGUCAUCGACGUCAAAGGCAAAGGUCUCGUUGUCUUCAGCUCCUGCUCGCACGCAGGGAUCUGCAACGUUAUCACCUCACUUCUCCCCCUGGAUCGUCCUAUAUACGCCAUCAUAGGCGGCCUCCACCUCGUUCCCACCAACAUUCAGCCAGCCGCCCAGACGGUCGACUUUAUAGCUCACAAAAUCAAGCCUGAAGUGCAGUAUGUGCUACCGCUGCACUGUACAGGACUGGAGGCUAGGGGAUGGUUGAGGGAAGAGAUGGGCGAUCGAUGUGUGCCAGCGGGGGUGGGGAUGAAGGGGGUUUUCGAGGGCGGUUCAGAUGAAGGAUAUGAGACGGCUAUCGGUAGAGAGAUGGGUUUUAGGAUCGUAAUGUAA